AUGGAAAAUAUAUCCGUGGAACGCAUGCGUGUGGAUGGUUCGAGCUCCACGGCGGCCUCGGCACCCGGCUCCGUGCCGACACUCUGGGGGGAGGCCAACGAUCGCCAGGAGAGAGACUAUCCAAAGAGAACUGAUUACCAUUAUUCCAGUAAUUCAAAAAAUGAAAGGAGUCCCAGCAAAUAUAGGGAUAAUCGGUACAGGGAACAGCGCUAUAACCUCAGGCAAAGCGAAGAUAACUAUCAUAGGGAUUCUUUAAGAAAUGAGAUUAACUUUCAUCGGCAAAACAGUCAUAGACAAGAACCAAGUGAAAACAAUAAGGCUUCUAAAGCUGAUAGUGUUCCGGUUCUGGAUAGAAGCAAGGAUAUUUCCGAACCAGAGUCUAGUAACGCUGCUCUUAAAGAGCAGAGUGCGGUUUUGGAGAAAGCAGAAAGGUUGGAGAAAGCCUCCAAGUCAGGCAGUACACCCACACGAGCUUCUAAGGCUGAGAAGAAAAACACAAGCCCAGUUGAAAAGCCUUCUAGCCAUAAGCCCAACGAUCAAAAUCAUAAUCUGACCAGUGGGAGUAGUCCCCCAACUAAGCCAACUUCGAAAAUUCAGGUUCGUCCUUUAACCGAGCUUUUAAAACAAGAGAUCCUAGCCGUCACCAAGGAGAAGAGCUUAAAUCGGGGACAACCCGAUCGUCAAACUCCAACAUCACCUGCUCCUGCCAUUGCCAGUCCCAGUCGCCAGGCCAUCAAGCCCAAUUUGAAAAACCGCCGACGAACUGUGAGCUGCCAUCAGAGCGCCAUCCAUCCUUCGAGGAGUGAGCAGGAGGUCAGCAUCAAUGAACGCAUAGCCAGGUUGGACAAGGAGAGCCUCAAGUAUAUAAUCAACAAUAGCGAUACGGUCUACGACGAGCACUUGAAGCUCCAGGCCCGAAGACGUUUACGAGAUGAAAUCCGGCGACAGCUUAGAGCCAUUGAGCUGGACCAGCCCAAAGACAAUCCUGUCAAGGACCUCGUAGAAGAUGAAAUCGUAGACGCCAUUAAGUUGCCAGAGCAGCUUUUGCAGGAGAUCGAAAAAUGUUUUGGCAUAAACAUAUCAGAAAAUCAUAAAGUGGUCAAGUCAAGCAGAGAAAUCCAAAAGGUGGCAGAGUUAAAAGAAAUUUGUACAAAAAUUAUAUCUGAAAAAACUGCUGAAGAGGUUGUUAGUCCUUUAGAUGCUGGAAAGGAUGAAAGUCAGAAGAGCUCAAAGGAUCUUAUCAACGAUACAAAUGUUAAAGGUUUCAGUAAUAAGACCACAAAUCAGUCUGAACCUAUUAAAUCUUCCCAAGUGUCUACAAAACUUCUCAAGGAUCACAAUAAAGGCCUAAAUAUAGAGAAAGAAGAUACCGACCAAAAUAAAAUAGUGGAAACUUCUAAAACAAUAAAAGAGCAAAAUGAUCAAAAUAUUGCCAUAUCUAAAGCCAAGGAUCUUGGGAUAACAGAAAAGAAGGAUGAAAAGCCCUUAAUUAAUGCAGCGUCAACGUCUAUCGGGAGAGGUCAUAUAUGUGAAAAAGACUCGCAACCCAUGAGUCCAAAUAAGGAUCUUCCAGAAAACAUCUUAGGCUUGGAAACAUCCAGAAAACAUCCAAAGUCCUCCAAAGUAGCUGAGGUAAUUGCCGAAAAACGACGGCUUCCAUUGCUGCCAACUCCAGGGUGUGGGUUGGUUUCUAAUAGUUCUUUUGUUGAAAGCCAACUGACUCAAUCAACCAGCCUAUUGCCAACUCAGAACUCUCAAGAAAUCAUUGAAAUAGUCGAGACAAGUCCAGAAACGUCUUUAAAUUCCAUCAGCGACCAUAUGUUUCUCAGCGAUGUUCAACAUUCUCAUAUGAGCUGUAAAAGGGAGUCUAGUAGCUCCCCUAUAAUCGAAGUUAGAAUGCCGGAAGACCUCGUGGAUCUUCUGAGCUCAGACGAUGAUGUAGUAGAAGCCGUUGACAUGGAGGUGGAUGAGUCCGAAGGUGAGAUAGUGGAAAGUGAGUUUGCGGAAUUACGAGAACCAACCCCACCGGCAAGUUCACAAGAUAACUCUGAAGCUGGCAUGGAGUUGGAUAAGCCCGAAGAUGAAGUAAUAGAAAGUCACAUUAACUAUGACGAAAACGUAUCUACUGACCCGCAAGGUAUCACAGAAUAUGAGAAAAAUCGGCUAAAACUAAAACUACAAAGCAUGGCGGAUAACGUGGUAGAUAGUUUUGAAAAGCUAAUUCUACCUAAUCUUCGCGAGUCUCUUUCGGAGAGUUAUAGUCGCAAACACUCUACUAGCUUACAAAGCCGACUCCACUUCAUAUCCUGCGUCGUGACCAGCUCGGAGCACAAUAGCCGCACAUUCAGCAAGAUCGAGGUGGCCAAGAUCCAGAAAAAUCUGAAGGCAGCUGACAACCAACUGGCUAUGGAGUUCCUUAUAGGAGAGAUUGUGAAUGUCAUCAAUAUGCAGAAACAGCGUCUACGGGGACAGGGAGAGAACAACCAGGAGAACCUCUCUAGAAGGCCAGAAUCAGAAGCCAAGGAAACCGGGAAGGCAUCACAUAUCAAUAAUUCACCAGAAUAUAGGAUUACUUCUGCAUUAAACCCUCGUAGCAGCCCUCCUCCUUUGGUUCCUAUCCUAAAUCCUGGCUUUCCAUCCAUCCACCCAAGUAUUACGCCUUACCCCGUAGGUCUGCCAUUUUUGGCCACGGAUUCUAGCCUUCAUCGCAUUGCUUCUAACACUCCUGCUAGCUUUGGUUAUCCUCAGCCUGGUGCUACAAUCGAUUCUAUGGACCUCUCCGACCAAGUGGGUCAAAUAAAUGAGAUUGAUCGUCGCUUGCUGGAGAACCAGAAUCGCCGCACCUUUCUGGAUGAAAUGAUUAUGAAGUUUCAGAAGGAAAGGUCAGACCUGGAGUUGCUCAGCUUGGAACUACAAACUCGCAGGUCUAUGCUACUGAAUUCCAUCCUUGCAAGGAGCAGACCGCCGAUGGAAGCGCCUCCAGCUCCAGAAAUCCCACCACACUCACCACCGAGGCCCUCGAAACGUAAACCACCUAAGAGACUGACGGCCAGAAGUGCAAUCGCCAGACGAACUAGGAGCCAAACUCAAAAACCCAUCAGAGUUCGUAAAGUACAAAUGAAAAGGAUAUCCAAGUCCAAAGCGAAAGAAUUGAAAGCUAAAUCUUCGAAGGAGAUUCCUGAAGAGGCUAAGAAAAACCAGCCAGGGAAAUCGAAAGAACCUCAACCUCCGGAUGAACCCAAUAUCAAAGGAAGACUGGAAGAGUCAAGCCCGAAGAAAACAGUGGAUAAUUUGCCCACUACCAAGUCCAAGCAAUCUCGAGCUAAGAAGCCAAAAGCCAAUGGAGCUUCUAAUGUCGCCCAACCGCCACUGGCGAUCAUACCACCUCUUCCACCGCCUCCACCUCCACCUGAACCCAUUCAUCGUCUAUCCUUUGAGAGACCCAAUCUAUAUAAUCCUCCGCCAACUGCCAACUAUCCGAGACCAAACCCUCGUAUAAACAAUUUAAAAAUAGGAAACAUACCAAAGGGCAAGCUACACGACAUCACUAGUCCCAUCACCCAGAUAAGGAUAUACAAAAAGUACGCGAUAGCCGCAUCCGAAGACGGAGAUAUCUAUGUGUUCCAUCUAGUCACCCACAAACUGGAGCGAAAGAUCCCCAAACACAGUGAAGCCAUUACGAAUAUGUUCUUGUGCGAGCAGGAGGCUCUGCUCUACACUACGUCUGUGGAUGGCUUUCUCAAGAAAUCGGCAGUGGAUAACCUGGAACGAGUCCUGCAAACUACAUAUUUCAAAGAGCCCCUGCAAUCCAUUGACGUGGCUUGGGGUGCUGCCUUCAUUGGCAGUCGUUGGGGGAAAAUCUUCUCAUACAAUGUUGUGACCAAUAAAAUUAUAGACAAUCCUUUGCUUUCCACCGGCCAAUCGAUAAUCGCAGUGAAAGCCACAAAGGAGGGUAUCCGCAAAAUACUUUUGAUUGGGUGCAAAGGGAACUUUGUCCUCAUGCACGAUGCUGGCAGCGGUUUGCUUCUGCGACAAUUUGAAAUUCCUGAGGGUCUAAAUGUGUACAGUAUCCUUUUGGAUGAUAAUUACCUCUACUGCGGCACGCAGAAAAACGAGAUUUUUCAAUUUGAGUUUGUUACAGGUAUCUUGACAGGCAAGUUCAAAUGUGGCAACGGUGCUGUGUCCAUAGCCUCCUACGAGGAUCGUUAUUUGUUGGUUGGAUGCUAUGAUGGCUUUAUUUACGUCCUGGACAAAGUUGCUGGAAAAGGAGUGGGAAGCUUUAAAGGGGCUGGGCGUUUAAUUUUAUCCCUAAUCGUUGCAGGCGACAAAAUAGUGACGUCUUCGAAAGAUAAUAAUCUAGAAAUUCUGGAAAUUCCCAAACAUAUGGUUAAUUGACAGUGAAGAGCUCAUUCUAGUUGUAAAUCGAUUUUAAUUUAACAAUUUUAC